CUGAGAUGACGUAGGCAUGUUGGCUACACAGUUUAGAACAGCUGCUGUUUUGGUUAUUACUGAGGUGAGACAGAGAUUCAAAGAUCGCAUCCCAGUGUGGGUGAGGCGAGCAAAAACAGCCAUGACUUCCGAUCGGCGCUUUAAACAAAGGAGAACCUUCAGUGAACGUUGUAAAGAAGUUCAACAGAUCCGAGAACAACAUCCCAAUAAAAUUCCAGUUAUUAUUGAGAGAUAUAAGGGUGAGAAACAACUGCCAGUGCUAGACAAGACAAAAUUUCUGGUACCUGAUCAUGUCAACAUGAGUGAGCUUGUUAAAAUAAUUAGGCGCCGUCUGCAACUUAACCCCAACCAAGCCUUCUUCCUGUUAAUUAACCAACGCAGUAUGGUGAGCGUGUCCACUUCGAUUUCCGAGAUUUAUGAACAAGAGAAAGAUGAAGAUGGAUUCCUUUAUAUGGUCUAUGCCUCUCAAGAAACUUUUGGCUAGCAAUUGCAAAAUGGCAAAGUCAUUAUAGAGAAGGCAAAAAAAAAUGUCCUGAUCAGCUUGGCAACGGCAGGAUCCGCAAUAUAAAUGGCAUUGUGUGUGUUAACAAUCCUGACAACAUUAAAUGCUUUGUUUACUCUCCGUGUAACAAAACAAUCUGUUACUACCAUGCAAUGAUUUUUAUACAUAUGUCUUUCAUGUUCAUUAUUUGUUUUAUGCACUAGCAGUCUUAUUUCCAGAUGUCCCAUUCAGGUACUGUGGGUGGCGGUUCUAAAUCAAGUGCUGAAAUGUCAGCCAGUAAGUUUAAAGCCUUAACAACCAAAUAAAUGAAAGACAGAUCGCUCAUGUUAGGCUUUGUCAAGACUCUGAAAGUGCAUCACAAUUACUGAAGAAUUUUUUUUUCACUGUAGCUGCAUAUCAGCUGACCACAGAGCAUAUGUAGGUUUCCUUGUAAAUGCGUGGAUAGGUAUACUCUAGAAUGUUUUCUUAAUCUGCCUUUUUUAUGUAGAUAGAAAUGCUUUGCACUUUACAGAAGCAACACAAUAGCAUUUAGAAAUUAAAUGCUAUCCUGAUUUGUGUGUGGUAUAUGUUUGUGUGUAUGUAAGCGCAUAUAUAUAUAUAUAUAUAUAUAUAUAUAUAUAUAUAUAUAUAUAUUAUACAUGCACACAUGAUGCAAAAUCGCUCAAGUGUAUUACUUAGGUGUUUAAUUUGUGCUUCAUUUGGAAUGCACAGACUCAUUGCCAUUAUUCAUCUUCAUCUUUGAAAAAUGACCAUCAUCAAGUAGUAGCACUCAGUAACGCUGUUUUCUUAUCGAAAUCCCAUUUGAAAGUAUGUAUAUAUAGUAUACAUUAUAUAGACAACCGCAUGCAGGCACACACACAUUUUUAACUUUACAUUUUAUUCUAAUGUCAUUUUACACUACUUAUUUUUUUCUCCUGUCUGUUUCAUGGUUUGUGUGCUCAUUUUAAUGCAUGUUCAUCCUGUGCUUUUGUGAUAAACAUGAUUUUAUUUAAAGGUUAAAAAAUAUAUAUAUUGUACAAUUUUCAUUUGUUUUCUGUACCAAAUAUGUAUAGAUGAAACUGUAAUAAAAAUAAAUAUACACCCUGAAGCAUA